AUGCAUAAACUAGCUGGCACGACAGACAGACACACACAGACCAACGGAAAGGUGUCACUUGCCUCGACUUAUUGCCGGAACACUGUGGUUCCAUUUAUCUCUUCUAGUCUUCACUGUCUGGUUGGCUUUUGUCAAUGCCCCGUGUCGACUCAAGCGCCUCCUUUUUGCACGUUUGUGCUUCUUCUCACGUCCAGCCCCCACUUUGGCCUAUCUUUGCCCACCUUUUCACGCUCUCCACGCUCUCCACGCUUACCACACUCAUCACACUCAUCACGUCCCGGUCAGGCCUGCUUUGACCGUCUCUUCUCCCCUCCUCCUGCCCCCCUUUACAUGCACUCAGAGUCUCACUACCCGGAGCCCGGACGUAAGCUGUUUACUCCCGUCGACACCGUACACCUUGACCGGGACACACGGGCAGUCAAUCUACCAUGCGUUCAACUGACCAUGUACACUGCCUGUUCACUCUGGGAUCUGACAAUUGUUCUCACGUCUCGCCGGAAGGCGUCAUUGCCACUUUAG